AUGGCAAACCCUGGAUUGAGCAUUAAGCUCAUCCACCGCGAUUCCCAACCCAACCUCACACAGUCACACAGAACUCAAAAACUCAUUCUCCUAUCCAAAGCUCGAGCCAUGCGCCUAACGAAAGACUUGCAUUCCAAGUACAUCAAUAAUUCCAAUGCUAAUGUUGUGCCUGCAAAAAUUUAUUAUCAGAAAGACUCUACCUACAUGGCACAAGUGAGCAUAGGCACAUUCAGGAGGACACCCCCGAUUUCUUACUUCCUUGACGUGGACACGGGGAGUGGCAUUAUAUGGAUCCAAUGCCAAGAGUGUAGAAAUCCAGGACACCACUGCUUUUACCAGAGACAACCCCUUUCCCCUCUUUGGAAUCCCUUUCUUAUCAAAAACUUGUUUUACGACGAUGGUGCUACAUCCGAAGGCUACCUUGCAUCAGAAACCUUUAAUUUCGAUUCAAAUUCAACUUCUCGAAACGUAGUUUUUGGGUAUGGUAUUAAUCAGAUCAAAAUGGAUAGUAUUGCUGGUUCGCGUCUAACAAUCCCAGCCAACUACUUCCAAAGGAGAUCUGGUCGCGGUGGGACUAUAAUAGACACAGGAACUGCUCAUACAUUUCUUGUUAGACCAGCCUACGAAAUGUUGGAACGAGCACUUGUGAACUACUUCUCCAGGAUGCCUAGCGUGUUUCGGAUUCAUAGACAAAGAUUUUUCAAUUUGUGCUACCAAAGAACAACAACAAGAGGAGGGUUUAACAAUCUUCCAACAAUCGCAUUCCAUUUGAGCAACGCGGAUCUUGUAGUGCAGCCUCAGGGUGCGUUUUACUUGGGUGAUAUAUUCGGGCGAUAG